UUCAGUCUGGUUGCUGUAAGCCUCCCACCGCCUGUAACUUCACCUUUGUGAGCGAGACUGUGUGGAAUAAGCCUCAGGGCUUCAGCAUCUCCUCCAUUGCCGACUGCAACACCUGGCAGAAUGAACCUUCUGUUCUGUGCUACGACUGCCAGUCAUGUAAGGCCGGCGUUCUCGCCAACCUCAAGAAUGACUGGAAGAAGGUUGCCAUCAUCAACAUCGUCUUCCUCAUCUUUCUCGUUAUAGUUUACUCGAUUGGAUGCUGCGCCUUCCGCAACAACAGGCGAAGCAACUAUCAGGGAUGGAAGGGAGGGAACCCUUAGAAGGAGAUAGAGAAGUGAUCGUGCUUCUUUGUAAAGUUUAGAACUUUGGGUAGAACAUAUGGAGUAUCGUGUGCUUAUAUUGUUGAUGGUUAGAGUUUAUUUUCAUGUUGCAUGAGAUGUAGGUUUGGAUUUGUUUUGUGGUAUGAGAACACUCUUUUAAUGAGUUAGCUUUUGUGUACAUGUGAUGGAUGGUGCUUUUUUAGGCAUGUGAGACUUAGUUUUAUUUUGAUAGUCGUUUGAA